AUGUGUUUGAGAUUCAAUUUAAGCUUACUGCAAGUUUCGGUGCUUCUGCAUGAGCACAAACAACACAAAGAAGAACAAAAAAAACCAAAUUUCAGAGCAUGAUCACCAUGGGAAUGAAGAAAAUCCUAUAGAAAGGCCGCUAAACAGAGAUGAAGAAAUUCCUCAACCUUUAUAGCUUAUGGCUUCAUUUGGAUUCAUAAAAGAAAAUCAGCCUUUCGUUCAAUUAAUUCUUCAAUUCUGAUAUCUCCAAAAUAA